GCCAGUCAUACUGGAAUUUUGUGGAUCAGUGUUUUACCAUAUUUUUGUAUCAGCAAAGGGAUCUUGGAUGCUAAGUUAUUUGAGGAUAGCAUGAGUUAUGUCUCUAUCAUUGACACAAACCAAGUAUCAUGAUCAGAUCAAUCUUAACGGUGUUGGGAGCUAGUAUAUUAAUAUCAAUAGGUGGAGCCCGGGAUACUCCGAGUGGUGCGUUACAGCCAACAGAAUGCACUAGUAAUGUGCCGAUGUAUUAGGAAUUGUUAUUUAUCACCGAUACAUUGAUAAAAUUAUGCACAGAUAGCUUUCACUAUGAACAAAUUUCAUCCGUAAUGACGAAGUGUUUCCAGUAAUUUGUUCUCUAUGCUAAAUGGCAUUAGGUAUGGUGGCAUUUCUAUGGGUAUUACUGGGUGUCACAGCACACUAAUGAGGGAUCAAAUGACCCUGGGAGGCUGAGAUUUGAGAAGUGUACUACUGGUCUACACCAGUGACAUAUGGUAGGGCCAGUUAGCACUGGACUGGAGGCUUAUAGCGGCAUAUGUUACACAUACAACACAUCUGUGCAGCUGUCUUCUUUACGGGUCUCCCAUCCCUGUCACCACAGGCUCGGAGACAGGGCGACUAACUCUACACGCGGGAAAUCACAUCACAACUCCAGCUUUUUACCAGUGGUUUGUGUCAUUUGGUAUACCGUUCAAAUAUGUCUACGUUAGGGAUACACCACGUGUGACAAAAAGGAUUAAAAUGGUGUAAACAAAAAGGAGAUCGCAAUACGGAACAGGCCACAUUGGAUGGUGACAUCUGGUUGGACAAGAUACACACAGGAAGUGGCCAUACUGUUGUCACAGGGAGGAAAAGGUAUACACAGGAAGUGGCCAUACUGUUGUCACAAGGAGGACAAGGUAUACACAGGAAGUGUCCAUUCUGUUGUCACAGGGAGGACAAGGUAGACACAGGAAGUGGCCAUACUGCUGUCACAGGGAGGACAAGGGAGACACAGGAAGUGGCCAUACUGUUGUCACAGGGAGGACAAGGUAGACACAGGAAGCGUCCAUACUAUUGUCACAGGGAGGACAAGGUAUACACAGGAAGUGGCCAUUCUGCUGUCACAGGGAGGACAAGGUAGACACAGGAAGUGGCCAUACUGUUGUCACAGGGAGGACAAGGUAGACACAGGAAGUGGUUAUAUUGGAGACAAAUAAGACAGAGUAUACACAGGAAGUGGUCUGGUGACAAGAAGGAAAGGUACAUACAGCCCAGAACAUCCCUUCAAUCAAUAACAUUCCAUUUCAACAUUAAGACAACAGGUAACCUUGGAGUUUACAGAUUGAUCAUGAACUGACUCAAAGAGAAAUUCUUAUCUCUCUCUCAGUCAUUAACAAGUAAUCAAAGUAACAAUCACUGGCAUUUUCAUCAAUGUGGCCUAGUCAAAAUUACUCACUAAUUCCUGAAAAUAACCUUCAAUAUGAUAUCAAUUCACCAAUGAGGAGAGUUAUCUCAGAUUUCAGAGUUUAUCUAUGGACAGAUUCUAGACAACAUUGUGAGAAAUCAAUUGGUUUCUUUCUCUUGCUAUCCUGAAUGUUAUUUACUAUAAACACUUGGAUGCGGAGAGAGGAGGUCACAGGAACCGUAUGUGAAGGGCUAUAUUAUUGUGAGCAAAUAAGGCUACUGUGGAAGAGAUGAGAUCGCCUGCAGAAACAGCUGAACGGAUGAUUGUAGUGUCAUAGGGAUUGUGGACAUAGAUAGCAAAGUCCUCAGAAACGACUCAUCAGCCACAUCGCAAAUGGCCGACAUCUGAUCCAGUGUCACAAUUCAACAUAUAAAAUGAACUCUUCACCAUCUCUUAGAGCACAUUACUGUAAUAGGAAAACCAUGUUGUCGCCUACGAUUCCCUCAUUAAACACUCAAUAAUCUCUAUAUAUCACAUACAGCUGACAUGCUAUAAAACAUCAUAGCUCUAAAAUAUAAAACCGCCUCUGGUUUCUGGAGACUAUAACCAAAAUACAAUCAUUCUUGGAAACUGAUCAUUUACCGGAUAAUAUACAGAUGUGAUUCCUGUAAAACGGUGGUUGUUAAUGUGGACAAAAGUGAAACAAGCUAUACAUUAGUUGUUAAUGUGGACAAAAGAGAAACAAGCUAUACAUUAGUUGUUAAUGGGGACAAAAGUGAAACAAGCUAUACAUUAUUUGUUAAUGUGGACAAAAGUGAACCAAGCUAUACAUUAGUUGUUAAUGUGGACAAAAGUGAAACAAGCUAUACAUUAGUUGUUAAUGUGGACAAAAGUAAAACAAGCUAUAUCUUAGUUGUUAAUGUGGACAAAAGUAAAACAAGCUAUACAUUAGUUGUUAAUACUAAGGACUGUUACGUAAAACAAGCUUAGUGAUUACAGAUUCCUGCCAUGAUGUUUCCUAUAGGAAAUGACAGUGUAUCUAUCCAUCUAAAUCAGAGUGAGACCAAAAUGGAACUCUACUCUAUUGUGUUGUCAACAACCAUGCUGUGUCUGGCGAUGGUGUUCGGUACCGGAGGUAAUGUUACACUGCUUAUGUCACUGUGUACCUACCGACUGCUAAGGAAACACCACUACAUUCUCAUCGCCAUCUUCCUCAUCACCUGCCUCAUUCUCGAUGUCAUCUGGUGCCCAAUGGAAAUCUAUCAUCUAAUCCAACAUCACCAUGACAACAGUGCAGUAGAUGCAACCUUCACCUUUGCUGGACAAAGUCUUUACAUUUUUCUCAUCACCACAAUUCUGUGCAUUCUUUCAAUUGUGAGCAUUCAAAGUUUGUGUAAAUUGUCAUCAAACUGGAUUUCCCGGCACAUUGUCCUGGCUCUGAUCACAGUCAUUAGCCUGAUCCUGGUCCUCUGUCUGGCCGUGGGCUAUGGGGUGUUGUCAUCUUAUAGCGAGGGUAACACCAAACCCACAGAAUACCAGAUUCUCAAUGAGGAGUCGUACAACUACAGGAUUGCUGUCUACAGCUUCUCGUUGUGGAUGGCUAUAUCAUUCGCAAUGCUAAUAACUCUUGUAAUCUGUAGGCGUAAAACUGCUAAAGAUCUCAGUGUCGAUAUUGCGUCCGAGUACUCAGAACCACCCACACCCGAACAACUGAACAUUCCAACGCUUCUCAUUAAAGGGUCAGAGGAGGAAGGCAGUGACAAUGAAAAGGAUGAGGACAAAAAAUCUAUUUCAAACUCUCAAAGAUUCCUCAGUUUACAGGGUGCCACAUCAACCAAGGAGGACAACAUGUCCACUGUGGGUGAACUCCCCUCACCCUCAAUGCCCAAGAUCUCCAGUAACCACUUAGGGGUCAACAUGGCUGCUAUAUUAGGUAGGAGACGUCACACCAUUGGUCAGAUUGGCCCUACAGGCCUAGAUGUGGGCGGGAAAAACAAACAGUACAAUUAUGUUAGAAAGUUCUCGGUUGAUAUACAAGCACUCCAAGCACAGCUUGAAAAUCCUAAAAUGUACGGAGGGACAAUUUCAUUUCGUUCAGACACUGAACUGCAAAAAUCAUCUCAGAAUGAAAACAAAAUGGAAUUACCUCAGAGACCCCACACACCUUUGCUGGACAUGAGACUUACAGGAGUUCAUAAAAUACAGUUAGAGGAGAAAAACGAGGAGGAUUCCAUGGAAGAGGAGGAAAAUGCUGAUAAAGUUGAUGAUGUGAGCAACAAAGAGGAGGAUAUAGAAAAUGCAAACCACAUUUGUGAAAAAUUACAAAACUCUAGUCAUGAGACACUAAGUCCACCGAUCAUAACUCUAUCCGAGACAACUGGGGACGAACUCAAUGAACCUUUGGCAAACAAUAGGUUUAACAAGGGGACCAGUCACUACAGACUGACCUGUCUCCUACUAGUGACUUUUGUGUGUUGUUUACUGCCCAUGUUCAUCACAGAGGCUGUACGAGAACUGUUGUCCCAGCGGGCGUACGUUAACAUUCUCACUUGCACCAUGUCGCUGUCCGUGGUACAGACCAUCAUAUUCCCUCAUAUUCUCUUCUGUAUGGAUAACUUCACACACAUAGCUGUACACACCUUCUUUGGUAAAGUACACGGACAGGUAAUGCACAUGUGCUAUGGACACCAUCAGGUACCAACGUCCGAGCAGGUGGACAUCACAGUCACACAGGUGUGAUCGGGACACAGGUGUGAUCACAAAAGGUCUAGUGUAAUCAAAAAUAUCUAUGUGCAACCUUCGUUGAUAUGGACACUUAUGGUUGUAUUGGCAGGGGAAGCUUGUUAAUCGGGACACACGAUUCUUGUUGAUAAUGGACCAUUUUUUUAUUUAGACACUUCAGUUUUUGUGGAUGGAAGACCCUUCAUAAUCUGUACACUUCAGGACACUGCAUAGUAGACAGUUGUAAAUUGUCUAAAUUUUAAGAAUAAGGAUUCUAUGGCAUUAAUAAGUGAUAUUUGCUUUAUGUUGGGACAUAAAAAUGUUCCUGGACUUGAAGAUUCUGGAAAUUAUUUUCUAUCCUGUCUAUAGGAGCCCAGGUCAAAGAGGGUUCUUUGUAUGUAUAUUAAUACAUAGAACAUGUAUAUAAAAUACAUUGUAGUGUAACUGAACAAUUUAUAACAAAUCUUCCUUAAGGUAAGGGGGCACCACAGCAUCAGUCAUUAUCAUGAUUUCCACUCAGAUUUGUUUUGCCUGGAGUAGUCUCCCUUCCAUAUAAAAGAUGAAACAACCCAAGAGAAGUUUUUCUGGCUAAAAGUAACUUCUCCUGUAAAUUUUCAGCUGUUAUAGGCUUCAUAGCCCAUAAAUCGGACACCCAUUAUGACGCUAUCCAAGUAUACUUCCUAGACGGAAACAUUGAUAAAGCGUGGGCUUUGUAAUAUGGCGGUCCUAUAAUUCUGUAAAAUUUAUUACAACAUCAUUUUUAUGUGUUUUUUUUUUUUUUUUAAUGGUUAAAACGAAUACUUCACGAUAUUGACAACAGUGACAUAUAGUAUAGCAUGUUGGUACCCUUUACCUUAGUGGAAAAAUAUAAUAUUUCACUCCUAGACUGAAGUGAAAUUAUUUUCAGACUUAACCAAAGGUUGGCUGAUGUUCAUUCCUCAUGUUUAUUAUUUUCAGAAAAUGGAGAAAUUUUCUUAAGAUUUGUUUUUAGAGUUAUGUACAGUUAAUACAUAAAAUGGAUAUUGUAAAAACCAGAGUAUAUAUAUAAAUGUUGAUGUCAUGUUCUGUCUAUAAAGCUUUUUAGCUAAAUAUU